UUUUGCGUGCGGAAUUGUGAAAACUUUGUUAGUUCUGUGUUUAGGUAUGGAAGAAGGAUUCAAAAUUCCCUCCCUGGACAUCAAACGUCCUCCAAAACCUGUUCAGCAGAGGACAAAAGAUGACGAAGACAGCACAGCAGGGCAAUCUUCCGGUCAGGAGAAAUCUGACGCUCCUCCGGUUGCCGUGGAGUGUCCUUAUAUUGAGCCCAAGUGGUCAGGAAGACCGUCGGAUGACUCUGUGUACAGCUUCGAGGUCCUCAAGACAGGCAUGAUCAUUGAAGUGGUGGAAAAUCUGGAGAAGAAGCCUUAUUGGGUCUUCGGAAGGCUUCCUCAGUGUGACAUCCCAAUGGCUCAUCCCACAAUUUCCCGGUUCCACGCUGUGCUUCAGUACCGUCCGGACGAUGAAAAUGCAUCUGAAGAGCCAGAAGAAGAGGAUUCUGGCCAGAAGAAGAAGAAAGUUGAGCCAGGAUGGUAUCUUUAUGACCUCUCCAGCACUCAUGGGACCUUUGUGAACAAACAGAGAGUCCCUCCGAAGACCUACAUCCGCAUCCGAGUGGGGCAUAUUGUGAAAAUGGGCGGCAGCACUCGACAGUUCAUUCUCCAGGGACCCGUGGCUGAUGAGGAGGCAGAAUCUGAGCUGUCCAUCACCGAGAUGAAAGAGUUGAAGAAGCAACAGGCUCUCGAGAUGCUGCAGAAACAGGAGCAAGAGCGCCUUGAGCAGGAGAAGCGCGAGAAGGCGCGCGAAGAAGAGGGAAUUAGUUGGGGAAUGAUGGAUGACGCUGAAGAGGAGGAAGUGGAUCUCUCAGUGAAUCCCUUUGCGUCCACCAACAACGAGCAACUCUUCCUGGACGAUCCUAAGAAGACGCUGAGAGGUUUCUUUGAGCGCGAAGGCCUCGAGUUGGAGUACAAAUGUGAGGAAAUGUCGCAGGGAACGUUUGUUUGCCGCGUGGAGUUGCCUGUUGAUGAUGCCCAGGGGCGGCCAAUUGUCGCUGAAGUGUGCCACAAGGGGAAGAAGAAGGAGAGUGUGAUCCAGUGCGCUCUGGAGGCUUGUCGAAUCCUGGACAGACAAGGCGUUCUGCGUCAGGCAAAUCAGGAACCGCGCAGAAGAAGAGUUCCCAAGUCAGAUUCUGACGAUGAUGAUGACUUCCUGGACAGAACUGGGGAUGUGGAGAGGAGAAGACAGAGGAAAACAGCAUCACAAGAAACCUCUGCACUUAGUUAUGAGGAUUUGCUGGGACAACAGCAGAAGAUUCAGUCGGAAAUUGAGGAGAUUGAUCGGAAGAUUGAGACAUUCAAGCAAUCCGAGAAGGCGAUCAAGAGUUCAAAUGAAGCUGAUGAUCUUGAUGAUUUCAUGACAAACCUGAAGAAUCAGAAGAUCAUUGAUAAGAUGGAGAUAAGGAAGCUCAGAGUUGAGCAACAGAGGUUGAAGAAUGAGUUGAUGAAAGUUGAGAAACUCGCUAAAAUUGCGGCUCCUCAUCUUCCGUCAAUUAAAUCUUUGGCCACAACUUCAGAAGCUGCUGAGAAGAAGAAACCGGCUCUUCCUCUGUUUGGGAAAAGGACAAAACUGAAGAAGGACUUUGGUGUGAAGCGAGAGGAAAAGAGAAUUCCAAUUGAAACUCCGUCUGGUGAGGAAGUUGAGGAAGAAGUGGAGGAGAAGGAAGAACCUGGAGAGAAGAAGGAAGAAGAGCAGAAGCGUAUUUUAGGUCCCACCAUUGAUCCAGACAUCCUUCGCAGGAUUUCCCAUCAAACCUCCGCUGAGCCUGAUGAAGUGAAGAUGACAGAAGACACAGAAGAGCCCCAGAAGAGGAAACUCUCCACUUCAACUGACCAGGAAGGCCGGGAAGCAGCUGAGGAGGACAAAUCAGAGUCAACAUCCUCGAAAAAGCGCAAAACCAGAGUGAGGAAUCGUGAAAAACACCGCGAGAACAUCGAUAUGCCGGAUGAAGAUGUGGAGAAAGACUCUGAAAAGUUCUCCGGAUGGCUUCCUCCGGAGAACCAGCGAGGCGACGGCAUGACUGAGCUGAACCAGAAGCUGGGCUACUGA